GCGCCCCGGAGCUCUGCCCCUGGGAGAGCUGCCCGGCUGAGGGGGCACCGGGGGGGUAGGUACCAUGAGCGGCGGCAGGUUUGAUUUCGAUGAUGGAGGCGCCUAUUGCGGGGGCUGGGAAGGGGGCAAAGCCCACGGGCACGGCAUCUGCACCGGCCCCAAGGGCCAGGGCGAGUACUCGGGCUCCUGGAACUACGGCUUCGAAGUGGUGGGCAUAUACACGUGGCCCAGUGGCAACACUUACGAAGGCUACUGGUCCCAAGGCAAGAGGCAUGGCCUAGGAAUUGAGACCAAAGGACGGUGGGUUUACAGAGGCGAGUGGACCCAUGGCUUUAAGGGACGGUACGGCGCGAGGCAGAGCAUGAGCAGUGGAGCCAAGUACGAAGGUACCUGGAAUAACGGCCUGCAGGAUGGCUAUGGCACCGAGACGUACGCUGACGGAGGCACGUACCAGGGCCAGUUCACCAACGGCAUGCGGCAUGGCUAUGGCGUGCGGCAGAGCGUGCCCUACGGCAUGGCCUCCGUGGUCCGCUCCCCGCUCCGCACCUCCCUCUCCUCCCUGCGGAGCGAGCACAGCAACGGCACCCUGCCCCAGCAGGACUCCCCCGCCGCCAACCCUGAGAGCCUGACCCUCUCGCCCACCAUCACCCGCGGGGGCUUCGCCCUCAGCCUCUACGCGGAGGCGGAGGCUGGCAAGCCCAAGAAGGGGGGGCUCUUCCGCAGGGGCUCCUUGCUGGGGAAGCUGAAGAAGUCUGAGUCCAAGUCGUCCCUGGCCAGCCAGAAGAGCCGUGUCAGCUUCCUCAAGAGCGAGAGCGGGAUCAGCUCGGCCGCCAGCGACGCCACCUCCACCGUGAGCCUGGGCGAGGGUGCCGAGGGUGAGGAGUACCCCCCCUUCGAGUCCGACAUCGACGCCACCACCACGGAGACCUACAUGGGUGAGUGGAAGAACGACAAGCGCGCCGGCUUCGGCAUCAGCGAGCGCUCCAGCGGGCUGAAGUACGAGGGCGAGUGGCUGGACAACCUGCGGCACGGCUACGGCUGCACCACGCUGCCCAACGGCAAGAAGGAGGAGGGCAAGUACCGCCACAACGUCCUCGUCAAGGGCAUGAAGAAGCGCGUGAUACCCCUUAAGAGUGCCAAGAUCCGGCAGAAGGUGGACAGGAGCGUGGAGGGGGCUCAGAGGGCCGCGGCCAUUGCCCGGCAGAAGUCGGAGAUUGCGGCGUCCAGGACAGCUCAUGCCAAAGCCAAGGCUGAAGGGUCAGAGCAGGCAGCUCAGGCAGCUAACAACGAAUCGGGCAUAGCCAGAAUGAUGGCCAGGGAGCUCUCCCCGGACUUCUACCAGCCAGGCCCCGAGUACCAGAAGCGGAAGCUGCUACAGGAGAUCAUGGAGAAUGCAGAGCACGCCGUCAACAUGGAGGAGGAGGCGCCACGGCCCGAGGGCGCCCCGCCGCCCCCCACGCCCCCUGAGAGCCCCCAGCUCCACGAGCAGGACGAGGCCCGCCGCCAUGCCAGCUCGGCCCCCAGCCCCGCCAACCCCCCCGAGGCCAAGCGGGCCAAGGCAGCCCCCCGCCAGGAUGGCACCCUCCGUCCAGGCAGCUGGGCUGAGGCGGCCGGGCGGGCGGGCGGCGGGAGCCCCGCGCCCCCCGAGGGCGAGGGCCGGCCGCCCUCACAGGGCUGGGGGCGUCCCGCCGAGCAGAUGGAGAUCGGGCCACUGCAGAGAAUGGCGCACGAGCCCGACGUCGAGCUCUUCAAGGGCUACCACAGCUACGCCGUCCGGACCUCCCCGGUCUCUCCCGCCACGGACUAUGAGGAGGAGCCACUCCCCGAGCCCGAGCUGCCCUCCCUGGAGCCCCGGGGAGACCCCCAGCGCCGGGGGGGCACCCCCGCCCCGCCACAGGAGCGGGAGGAGAAGCCGGCGGCCAGGGUGGAGGCCAAGCCAGAGCCGCCCCGGCCCAAGGAGCCAAAGCAGGGCCCCAGCCCCGAGCGCAGGGCUGUGCGCCGGGCCGAGCCCGCCGCUGACAGGAAGACUGAGGCCAGGGUGCCGGGGCGGACGGAGCCCAAGACGGGGGCCAAGCGGGGCCCGGCCCCAACAGCAGCGGUGGCGGCAGCGCAGGAGGCAGAGGAGUGCGAAGAGGGACCUAACACAAUCGUGAUCUGCAUGGUCAUCUUACUGAACAUUGGUCUGGCCAUCCUAUUUGUACAUUUUUUGACAUGAUGUGCCCCUCGGACAAGGCGUUGCUGCUGAUGGAGACCACAGACCUUGGCGGGGAUUAAAUCUCAGCCACCUGGAAACACCUAAGAGGAGGACUUGAGAUCCCAAGGUUGCACUGCAAACACCAACCUUAAGUGAAAGCACCUGAAGAUCAGUUCAGUCUCCCUGCUCCCAGGCUGUGGCUGGCCUCUGCAAUCUACCAAGGAAAAGCCAGGGUUUCUGCAAUUCAGCCUCCUUCUCAUCUUUGUAUAAAAUAGCAGUUGCCUUAAAUUGUUCUCACCAAAGUCAUCAACUGUCCUGUCAUGCCAGGGAUGAGGGAUUUAUCUGUAGCUGUAGGAGAACGAGUGAGAAGGUCUCAUGCCUGCACACUGAUGUGUUUUGUAACUCCCUUGGUUGACUCGGUGUCAGAGAUCUCCCAAAGAAUAUCAUCCAUGGCGUGGAGAUGAAGCAAUACACGGCAACCAAAAUGACUCAUGAGAGCCGCGCAACGGCUAGGGGUGGACAACGUCGCCCUCCGUGCUUGGAAGUCGUCCAAAGGGACGAGCAAAAAGUCUUUCCUUUCCCCGUCGCCUGGAGUCGUUUUCCAUGUGUGGAGGACUGAGAGGGGGAGCAAGUUGAAAUUGGGCUUACUGAAGUGUAACCAGAGUCCUGCCCGUGCCUGCCGACGCAACAUGGACGGGGGCCGCAGGGUGGGGUGCGAGGGACUGGCUGAUCCGAGGCUGUUUGUGCAUGUGGGGGGUGCUGCGGGUGGAGAUGGUGCCCGUUUCGGGCCCGUUUCGCCAUCCUCUCCUGCCACCAGCAAUGCUCUGCACAGAAGCAUCUUGCAGUGGGAGACUUCCCACUGUAACGGGAAAGGAAAUAGGUGUGCUGAAUUUGUCCCUUUACCCCUUUUUUCUAUGAAAAUGUUGCAACUUACAAUGAAAAGGAGGUACUUACUGCAAAAUACCUCCGUACACCCGCAGGUUCCUCCCCUUGGCGCGCUGGGCUGCAGCGGGGCUCCUGGCCUCUCUCAUUGCAACAGAGUGAACAGACUUUCCAGCCAGAGGAUGCAGGGUGGCUGUUGUGGGAGAGGUUACGUUAUUCCUGAAAGAAAAAAAGGUGCAGAGACCCGAGUGACUCCAAUGUAUUUGGGUGUUAGGCUCAAAAAUACGCAGCAGCCAGACUUUCAGCAGUGGUAGAGUACAGUGGGGCAAUUCUAGCUGUUGUUCUUGUGUGCGAGUCUUAGAGGCCUGGGCGAUUUGCACCAGUUCUUCCCAAAGCUGCGACAGAGAGUGACCUUUGGAAGGAGAAGUUUCCACCAUGAUCUGCUCUGAUCCUAGCAGUGCGAGCUUAGAAAGUCGGCACAGACGAAGUUACAGUUUAGUGUGAGGCUGAGUGCUUGGACAUGUUUCUUCCUUCUUUUAAGAGCAAUAUGUGUUUUCUAUCCCUUUUUAAGAUAAUCGGAAAUGUUAUUUAUAGUCGGUUGUGCACCUCUGUGUAUCCUGAAGUCCCACAGCACAGGACUGGGUGGGAAAACCUGAGGGACUGGAAAGAAUGGGGAAAUGAUGGUUAAGGAAAAAAACAGAUGCCCAGUCUGCUCCAAAGGUCAAUCUGAAAGGAUUUCAGAGAUGGAGUGGCAGACAGGCAGGGGUUUACACUGACUGGAGAUACAGGGCAAAACCUGCCUAAUUUAUCUGCUCUAAUUAUGGCAUAAGAGAGUGAGACUAAUUCAGUACUUUUCUUUGUGAACCAAGUUUAUUUUUUAACCUUAUUCAGCUCAGGAACGUUGCCACAGUAGCAAAUACGUGGUGUUAACUGUGGGAGAAGUGAAUGUGAUCCCUUCCUAAAAGCCAUGUGGCUGUACCAGUCCUGAGAAAGCUGUGCAGCAUCAUCUACACUUCCACAGAGCAUAGUUUAGCAGCAAUUUGCUUCUUUUUUUUUUUCUUAAGUAUAAAUGUAUUGCAAACCCCAGGCUCUGCUGCCUUUGACGUUUUAUCUCCGUUUGCUGGCACUCACUUGCCAGCUCUGCAGUUUCAGUAUGCCGACUGCUUUUAUUAACCACCAAGACAAUUUCCGUUGAGAGACCUGAGGGGCUUUUAUUUAUCACUAAGCACAAAAAUGGAUCUUUUUCAACAGUGCUAAGGUAAUUCCGCCCCCACCCCAAUUUUUUAUGCAUGUGAUGUGCACUCGGUAGUGUGCUUUCCUCCUAGUAACCUUCUGAGAAAAGUAGGUAGAUUUGCUUUUAUGUGACGUAUAAAUAUAUCCAUAUUGUGCUGAGAUAUGGAUAUAUAUACAUAUAUAUAUAGCCCCUUAGGGAUUUCGUUUUCUUAGAUGCAAAAAUAACAGAUUUACCUCAAACUGCAUGCUUUCAAAACUGACUAGGAUAUUGUGUUAUACUUUUCAGGUCUUACAAAGAUGCAGAUACAUUUCACUCUUCACACAAAAAUACCUUCAUCACAGAUUUUGCAAGCUGUUUACUACAAUCUGUGUACUACUGUCCGGAGUUUUCUGUCGGUUGUUCUGCUGGAUUACGUGCAAUAAUAAACAGUUAUCUGCUCACUG